UUCCCUUUACAGCACAGUAAAGUAUCCUGAAGAAUGGGCUUGCGUCCAACAUAUCAAAAACUCACUGACGGCUGAGCUACAGUUUCUCCUAUCACACAAAGAAUAACAAAGAAUCAUGACAUUCAGCAGUACCCGAGGAGGAGUAAAAAAUGCUAGCUUUGAAGAAGUUCUUUUUUCUGGUUUUGCAGUGGAUGGUGGACUAUUUAUGCCUGAAAAAAUCCCUCAGAUUGAUAGUAAAACCUUACUAAGUUGGAGUAGUUUACCAUACAUAGAACUGGUAAAGGAGAUAUGUGCACUUUUCAUACCAGUGGAUGUGAUGCCACGACAGGACAUAAAUGAUGUGAUUAACACGGCCUUUAGUAGGUUCAGACACAAGGACAUUAUUAACUUGGCCCGCCUCAAAGACAAGCUGAAUAUUUUAGAACUAUGGCAUGGGAUGACAUAUGCCUUCAAAGACUUAGCUUUGAGCUGUGUAGGACAGUUUCUGCAAUACUUCCUGAACAAAAGAAACAAACAUGUGACUGUCUUAGUAGGCACCGCAGGAGAUACUGGCAGUGCAGCAAUUGAAAGUGUCCGUGGACUGAAGUGGAUCGAUAUUAUUGUGAUGUUACCCAAAGGACGCUGUACUCGCAUACAGGAACUACAGAUGACAACUGUGAUUGAAGACAAUGUCACUGUGUUUUCAGUUGAUGGAACAUCUGAUGAAAUAGAUGGAAUAAUCAGAAAACUGUUUGCUGACACUGCUUUUGCCAAGAAGCACAAUUUAAUGAGCUUGAAUUCAAUCAACUGGUGUCGGAUAAUGGUGCAGAUCGCACACUUCUUUUAUGCCUACUUUGUCUGUGCUACAUCCAAACUAGAAGACUCACUGGCAGUUGUGGAGGUAGUUGUACCAACGGGAGGAGCAGGAAACAUUACAGCUGGAUGCAUAGCACGUAAGAUGGGACUUCCAGUUCAGCUUGUUGCCGCAGUGAACGAGAAUGAUAUUUUACACAGGACUGUUCUGCAUGGUGACUUUUCACUGGCUGAGUCUGUUAAAGCAAGUCUGUCAUCUGCAAUGGACAUUCAGGAACCCUACAACCUGGAAAGAAUAUUCUGGCUAUUGUCUGGCAUGGAUAGUCCCCUAAUAAAAAAGAUGAUGGAAGAAUUUGAAAAAUCUAAGAGACUCCAACUUCCAGCAUACUUGCAUAAAAGUAUAAAAGAUAAUGUAACCUCAUGCACAGUGUCAGAUGCAGACGUUAUCCAUACAAUUAGACAUUGCUGGGAUGAGAACCACUAUCUGCUGUGUCCUCACACUGCUGUAGCAGUUACCUACCACUACAGACAAUCAGACAUCAUCAGCAAGAGCAUUGCUAGGUGCUGCUUAGCAACUGCUUCAGCAGUGAAGUUUCCUGAAGCAGUGCAGAAGGCUGGCCUUACUCCGGAAGUCACAACAGACAUCAAAAUGCUGGAAGAAAAGAGUACAAGAUUCGCAGUGAUGAAGAAAGAAGACGAGUGGGAACAGAUCCUGAGAGACACAGUAGAGGCCAUUGCUAUCAGAAGAGAAUCAUAGCUAAUAAACUCUAGUUCCAGCAACACUUUAAGCAAGGGUUGUUCUUUAAUUGGUAUGAUAUGCUGAAUAUAAAACCCCUUCUUACAGACAUAGCAAUUUAGAAUUGAGUUAUGGCAGAAGUUCUCCUUGCCCUUCUAUAGCUAAUUGCAGCCAGUGUAAGUUCACUCUGUUCUGAUCAUUGUUUGUUCGUUUUGUUUUUUCUUUUUUUGUUUUGUUUUCUAUAUCCCAGCUCGCCCACCAACUUUGAUUAACUCUAGUAUUCCAUUUACUGAUGCUUUUCUGUUCCUUUUUUCUACAUUAAAGUUUUUUAUCACCUGCAAUAAAUUAUGAAGAUGCA